AUGCUCACAAUCAGAGCGUUGCCUAGCCUGCCGGAUCAGGCCGGUUGUCUGGUGCGCCAACCGUCAUGGAGUAGAACGCAUCAGGAGGGUCUAGGGUGGAAAUAUUCCCGGAUCCUUUGUAUUGAAGAUACAGAAUCGAGACUUCUAUAA